AUUUCUUCUAGCUCUACACAUUUAGCACAACAAAUCUUGUAACAUAAUACAAUACUAAAAGCUAUAGUUUGAAUCAUGGGAGACUCAUCUUCUUCUUCUUCGGCUUCUUACAUUCACUUGGUGCAGCACCUGAUCGAAAAGUGUUUGAUCUUUCACAUGACUAAGGAAGAAUGCAUGGAAGCUCUCUCUAAACAUGCAAAUAUUAAUCCAAUUAUUACAUCCACGGUGUGGAAUGAGCUAGAGAAGGAAAACAAAGAAUUCUUUGAGCCAUACAUGAAGUUGAAGAGUACUACUAUUGCUAAAGAGGAGAUGAUGAGGUCCAAGGAAGAAACAACUCACGUGAUAAACAAUAUGAUUUCAACUUUGGAUUCCUCUCAAAAUCCACAACAAGACGACAAAUAACAUAAUAAUUCAUCUGCUAUAGUAAAUUCCUAUGUCCUUUGCAACCAGCCAAAAAACUCAGAGCAAAGGUACUCUCUACUUUAUCAUCACUAGCUAGUGUCACUUUAUGUCAAUUAUUGAUUAUGGUAUUGUAAUGUUCAAGAAUAUCUAUCAUCCAUAUGAUUUCAGAAACAACGUAUGUAAAUAUUCAUGUCAUGUAUAUAUACAUGUAAUUUGCUUUCCUUCAAUCAGUUCUCUAAGUUGCCAUAAAUUGCGAUUUGUGUCUAAAGAGAAGUUACUACUUGAUAAUCUAAAAUUUGGCGCGUU